AUGGCUGCCGUCGCUCCCAGCUGCUCGCUUUGUGCUUCCACUGUCCCGUCGACCAUCGCGGGAUCUCUACCCAGACUCCGCUCGAAUGCCCGCUUAAACACUCGACAACCGUCCACCAUUCUCCCCGCAAUUUCCAGCGUUUCCAGUUUCCGGUUGUCCGUCGCGCCCUCCACCCGCGGAAUUCCCGCACCAGCCUCUCAACACCGUCACAGCCGCCAAUCCACUCACUCGCGCGCCGCAGUUAUCUCCGCCGCAGCCGCGAGCGACACUCCCGAGGCCGCGUCGCCUGCUUCGUCGCCGUCGAACGCGCCAGUAGAACGAGUACUCGUCGUCGGCGCGUCCGGUGGCGUGGGUCAACUAUGCGUCGCGUCGCUCGUAGCUAAGAACCGCUCCGUGCGCGCGCUAGUUAGGAGCGUCGAGAAAGCCGAGUCGCUAUUCGCUGACGCGCCCGCGGAUUUGAUUCAGGUCGUGACCGCAGAUCUCCGCAAGCCCGGCACCAUCUCCCCCGCGCUCUUCGCCGGGAUUUCCGCGGCGAUCGUGUGCGUCGGAACGACGGCGUUCCCGUCCAAACGGUGGGACGGCGACAACGGACCGGAGCAAACAGACUACAUCGGGGUGAAGAACCUCCUAGCGGCUCUUCCUAAAGACCUGUCCCGCAUCGUCUUCGUCUCAUCAGCGGGCGUGGAGCGCUACAACCAGCUGCCCUACUCCAUCCUCAACCUCUUCGGGGUGCUCAAGUACAAGAAAAUGGCCGAAGACCUCGUGAAAUCCUCGGGCAUUCCAUACACUAUCCUGCGCCCGGGCAGGCUGACAGACGGGCCCUACACCAGUUACGACCUGAACACACUACUCAAGGCAACAGCCGGGAUGAGAAAGGCGGUGGAGGUGAAGAGAGGGAGUGAUACUUUCUCAGGGGAGACAAGCCGAGUGGUGCUGGCGGAAGGGUGUGUGCAGGCUUUGGGAGUGAAGGCGGCUGAAAACGAGGUGUUUGAGAUGCUGUCUGUGGAAGGAGAGGGACCGGGGGGUGAUGAGAGUGCAUGGGAGAAGAUUUUUGCGUCUGCUCCUGCUGGCAAAGUGGUGCUGGCAGAGGGGUGUGUGCAGGUGUUGGGAGUGCAGGCGGCUGAAAACGAGGUGUUUGAGAUGAAGUCUCUGGAAGGAGAGGGUCCGGGCGGGGAUGAGGGCGCAUGGGAGAAGAUUUUUGCAUCGGCUCCUGUUGACGCAGCCGAUGUGGGGUGGCUGAAAAUGAGGUGCUAG